GGAAGAAAAGCACCCGUGUUUAACCGACGGCAUAACAUUGUAAACACUGGCGAGCUGGGCGUCUUGAGCGUGUCCGUCAGGAUGGAAAUCUAAGGUUAACCUCAAGGUGUGGGACCCAACAUUGUUCUUCAGUGCAUGGAAGCGAAGCCAAUGCGCAGUUCUCCCUAUUCAGUGAGAGUGACCCACAAGCUGUUGGUGUGUGUGAAAGAGGAGGACAACAUGUGAUUGGACACACCAACCUAUUUUUGGAUGAUCUAAAAACAAGGCCACCAGCGCACGCCAAGACGCCACUGGAAUGGACAUCACCAGCCGCUGUACCCUGGGGGACCCCAACAAACUCCCUGAGGGGGUCCCCCAGCCUGCACGCAUGCCCUACGUCUCGGACAAACACCCGCGGCAGACCCUGGAGGUGAUCAACCUGCUGAGGAAACACCGUGAGCUGUGCGAUGUGGUGCUGGUGGUCGGGGCCAAGAAGAUUUACGCUCACCGCGUGAUCCUGUCCGCCUGCAGCCCCUACUUCAGGGCAAUGUUCACUGGAGAGCUGGCAGAGAGCAGGCAGACCGAGGUGGUUAUCCGUGACAUCGAUGAGAGAGCCAUGGAGCUGCUCAUUGACUUUGCAUACACUUCACAGGUGACUGUAGAGGAGGGAAAUGUGCAGACGCUGCUCCCUGCCGCCUGCCUCCUCCAGCUGGCUGAGAUCCAGGAGGCCUGCUGCGAGUUCCUCAAGAGGCAGCUGGAUCCUUCCAAUUGUCUGGGCAUCAGGGCCUUCGCCGACACACACUCCUGCCGCGAGCUGCUCCGCAUUGCAGACAAGUUCACCCAGCACAAUUUUCAAGAGGUCAUGGAGAGUGAAGAGUUCAUGCUGCUGCCAGCAAACCAGUUGAUUGACAUCAUUUCCAGCGAUGAGCUCAACGUGCGGAGCGAGGAGCAAGUGUUCAACGCCGUGAUGGCCUGGGUGAAAUACAGCAUCCAGGAACGCAGGCCGCAGCUGCCCCAGGUCCUGCAGCAUGUCCGUCUGCCGCUGCUCAGUCCCAAGUUUCUGGUGGGCACCGUGGGUUCAGAUCCACUCAUCAAGAGUGACGAGGAGUGCAGAGACCUGGUUGAUGAGGCGAAGAAUUACCUGCUGCUGCCACAGGAGAGGCCCCUGAUGCAGGGCCCCAGAACACGGCCGAGGAAACCCAUCCGCUGUGGGGAGGUACUUUUUGCAGUUGGUGGCUGGUGCAGCGGAGACGCCAUUUCCAGCGUGGAGCGCUACGAUCCUCAGACCAACGAGUGGCGGAUGGUAGCAUCGAUGAGUAAGCGGCGAUGCGGAGUCGGGGUCAGCGUUCUGGAUGACUUGUUGUACGCGGUGGGAGGUCACGACGGCUCGUCAUAUCUCAACUCUGUGGAGAGAUAUGAUCCCAAGACCAACCAGUGGAGCAGUGACGUGGCUCCUACGAGCACUUGUCGCACCAGUGUGGGCGUGGCUGUCCUCGGCGGUUAUCUGUAUGCUGUAGGUGGACAGGACGGGGUUUCCUGUCUCAACAUUGUGGAAAGAUAUGAUCCUAAGGAGAACAAAUGGACGCGUGUGGCCUCCAUGAGCACCAGGCGACUGGGUGUAGCAGUGGCUGUGCUGGGGGGAUUUCUUUAUGCUGUGGGAGGGUCUGAUGGGACGUCACCAUUAAAUACAGUGGAGCGCUACAACCCCCAAGAGAACCGCUGGCACACCGUGUCCCCAAUGGGGACCAGGAGGAAGCACCUCGGCUGUGCGGUCUACCAGGACAUGAUUUACUCUGUUGGAGGGAGGGACGACACCACGGAGCUGAGCAGUGCAGAGCGAUACAACCCCAGGACCAACCAGUGGUCUGCCGUAGUGGCCAUGACCUCCAGGCGGAGCGGGGUGGGUUUGGCUGUGGUCAACGGUCAGCUGAUGGCAGUAGGAGGCUUUGAUGGGACGACGUAUCUCAAAACGAUAGAAGUCUACGACCCAGAUGCCAACACAUGGAGGUUGUACGGAGGGAUGAACUACCGCCGGCUAGGUGGAGGGGUGGGUGUCAUCAAAAUGACUCAUUGUGAAUCCCACAUAUGGUAACGCCACCCCCUCCAGCCCCCACCCCCCCCCCCCAACACUCACACGCUCACUACUCAUCACGCUGCAAUGGAUGCCUCUUUUUCACCAACUCUCGUGCCUCCAGAAGGGACGCUUUUUAAGUUGCGCGAGGAUGAGAGAAAAAAAGGUGGGCGGGACGGAAGAGGGACAAACUUUUGAACUCUAGUUCAGUCGCCCCCCCAAACCCCUCCCCAAACUCUGGUUAUCUUCGUCUGACUACAGUCACCAUGAAGUGCACUGGGAGCAGACGUCUGCAGAGUACCAUUAAGCUUCCAGUUAGGAGAGGACUGGGCUCCACCUGUGACCUCCCCAGGUGUUCUUCCUCCAGGCCACCUCGGUCUGGGACAAUCUGGAUGGAACAAAACAAAACUGUCUAAAGCUUCUGGUCCCUGGCAAGGAGCCAGAUGCGAGAGCCUCCAUCUCCUUCCCUUGUCUCAACAUGCCCCCCCCCCCCCCCCCAAAUUCUGGCUAGCGACAACGUUAUUGUGUGAGGUGGAUGAUUUCCCGGAGACACAACAUUGCAGACUGACUGCUCUCUCAUUCAUGUCUCCUACUUGGCUGUGAAGCGAACAUCUCAACUGUGGCUGUUAACAUCUCUGGGCGUCAUGUGUAGCAUUAAACGGUAGAAAACCAGUCGGGUAGUUCCUCUCUGCAUUGAAGCUGUCAACAAAAGGUUUCAUCUCUAUUUAGCACCAGGGGAGAUAAUUGGCAGGAGAAGAAAAAGGAUUGGGCAAGUCACUGCUACUCAACAUCUCACUGUCACCGAUUUGGGACUGCUUCACUUUACAGAAGGCUACUGCAGCUGUUUGUGACCUUUUUGAUAUUUGAAUAUUUCCGUUCAGAAGGUCUGAGUGUAGUGAAAGGAAUUUAACCAUGUGGCCAACACUACCCCUUCAGUGGAAAGAAUCGUCCAGUCACGUCUCUGGCCUCAGUGUGCUAUAAACGAAUCACGUCGUCUCACGGUGUCUGGCGCAGAAGUGUUCGUACCUGUUCAGUCGUCAUGUCCUCCACCUGGCAGCAUCGCGUGGUGCCUCGCCGUCUUGAUGUGCUGAAACUAAAAUUGUGGAUAGGUAUAACGAUGUACAUUUCUCCCCAAAGACAACUUGAUGGUUUGCACUCCGUUCCAUGCCUUCUUUCACAAAUCGACACUCUUGGGCCAGUCACUGAGUAAAUUGGCUCGUCGGGAUUGUCUGUUACAAAAAGUGUCCCCUGGAUUUUGCCAGAGGGGGCAAGUGGUUGGAGGAAACACUUGGUUUGAUGCAUUCUGAGGUUUUAACAAUGUUACAUACCUCAAAAAUGGAAACUUUUAUGAGCUCAAAAGGAUAUUGCUGGUUAUUUUUUUUCAUAUUGACAAAUCCCAUGAGAAGACCUAAACAAUCAGCUGAUUUACCCUUCUUUUAGUACUCUCCAUUCUGCAGGUUAUCUGUUGUUCUUAAUCCUUCAAUUAAAAAAGAAAAGACUCAGCAGUAUCCUUACACGGCUGGAAAGUGUAGAAUUUAACUAACGUUACUCGAAAAGGAGGAAAUGAUGCAUUAGUGGGGACGACGUGAGUGUAUGGGAUGGAGUGUUCAUGGUAAUGGGGGAAUAUGUAAAUUACAAACACAUGCUACUAGUUAGUAGGAUACCGACAUUGUUGGUUUUGCACUUUCCAUGGAAUUGUUGACAUCAAAAAAAUACAAUUCAUAACCAGGUAUAUCCUUUUAAUUUGGAAUGAAUCCCUGAUGCUGCCAGUGAUCACAUCUGGAAAUUGGAAAAUUGAACAUUAACACAAAAGCACUGCUUUAAAAAAAACUAGAUUCCCUCCCAUACAAAAGUGACAGAUUUCACAGGUGGUUCUUUACAGACUAGGUCAUAAAAUCACUUGCAGUUGUCGGUGUGUUUGCAUGAAAUACCGGAGCCAGUAAGCUACUGUGGACACAGAGGAGGUGGUGUAAAAAAAAAAGAACAAAAGGCUGCAAGAAAUACUCUCAGCGUCACAUACAUUUUUUAUGAACUUGUUAAUAUUUUAUGUCACGAGUAAAGCAGAUUUUUCUGGCAUCCAUUGAAGGAGUUGACGAUCGCCGCAGCGUGGACGACAGCAAUGCUUCCAAAGUCAGCUCAGAAAUUUGCAAAGAAACUGUUAGGCUCAGUCGAUUGAUGAUAUAUUUGAUAGGAUAGUCAAUGCUACGUAAUUCAGUAGCUUGGACUAUAUGAAAUGUGAGGAUUUAAGUUUUCUUAUUAAGUUCCGUAGUGGCCUUGGUAACAAACAUCCGGAAGCUGUUAGAAUCAAACGGAGUUUAAUUCUACCAGUUCAUGCGAUGGAAUUAAUUGUUUACACACGUCAAACAUCAUAAUAAGCCUCCCGAGAAAAAUAACUGUGGUCAAGACCAAUGUAGCAAAGCACACGCAUCCCAGUUUGUAAGUAAACCACAUUAAUAUACAUCUUAACUGUAUAUGCAGCAAUACAACAACGGCUACUUCUGUGGGAGUUAGACGUGAUAUUCUUUGUUCUAGUUCACACAACCAUGGGGUUUUUGAGACAGGUCCUUUUUUGUCUGUUUUUCACUGUUUCCCAUAUUUUUACUUUUGUAAUAUCCUCAUAUGCAGCACAAUGCAUCGAUGCCACCUGCUGGAGGACAGUAAAAGUGCAGCACUGAUGAUGGACGAUGAUGAUGAUGAUGAGAUCCCCUGCAGUUUUCUUAAGUGAUCCCUGGUUAUGCAACUGAGGCCAGAUCAAUUGCAAAACGGACACAGUUUGAGCAGAUGAUGGAUUAGUUUUCAUUAAUCUGCUCAUAAUUUAUUGCACUGUGAUUGGAAAUGUUUUUUAGACUAUCCUCUUUUUUUUUCUUCUUUUCUUUUUUUUUUUAAAGGGUGUUCAACUUUCCAGAUAUGGGGUGGGAAAACAGUUUGAAAUGAUCAUCAUUCAACUGGAGGAUUAGACGUUUCAGGCAUCGCGCUGACGUGAAGUGAAUUUAUUUCAUAGAUGCAGCACAUGUCGACCACAAAGCUUGUUAUGCAUCAAGUCAGCCACAUUUUAAUGAGCAAGCAGGUCCUGACCUGAAUACUGGUGUUAAUGUUCAGUAGCGUGGCAAAUCUAGAUUUUGUCGCUGUUAGGCUGCUAAUGUAUUUUUUUGGGUAUGCAAACCUACCCUUUGAAAUUAUUAACGCUAUGGGAUGUUUUGCAGUAGCACAUGUUGACGUUUUCACAGGUUCAUGCGAUGAAUGCGCGGCAACCAUCAGUUAGAAGAAGCCUAAUCACCCUUUGUUGAGCGAGAGUCAGUCUGGCCGACUGUCCAUAAAAGAACCUCCCAAUGUUGCUCUUCUUCACUGCCACAGACUAACCAGGAAAUAACACUCCUGUCAAUUUGGCCUGAAGAACAAAACCUUGCUUUCAAUGUUGUGACUGCAUUAUUCAAAAAAAAAAACAAUUUGUCUCAUUUCCAGAAAAUGCCAGACUACUCUCAUUUUACCUGUACAGAUUAUUUUUCUUCUUAAACCCUUGUCCAAAUUUUCUCCCAACAGCUCUGUUAAUGCUUUUGUUUUUUAAGUUCACAAAUUGAUUUGGCUGCUGUAGACCAAAGGCGUACAAAACUGAGGGGACUUCCCUCUAAUCACGCGAGCUACUCACGCUGCACCGUGUCUACGAUGAACAGAAAUCCACCAGCCUGCGCUCCGUAGCCUAUAAUAUUUAAAUCUCUUGUGUGGGGUAGCCUCUGUGCAGUGUGUCCAACAUGUGGUGAUCUCUGAUGGUAGUUCUCAUGAAUCAAGCAGCUGUGACCUGGACCACGUUCAACAUAAGAAGAAUUAAACGUUCCCCCCUGGA